CAAAAUAUGUAGAGAAGAAUUUUGAAAAGGGUCUUGGCAAACAAGCUAAUUGGGCCAUGGCCCAUAAGACUUGGUGUUUCCGUGAACUGUGAGAAGCCAUUGGAGGCAGAGGGAGGGAGAGGGUUCAGCGAUGGCGGCGGCAUCGUUGAGGUGGAUACUGCAAGCACACAGGGACGUUCCAAAAGCAGCAAAGUUGUACUCAGAGGGCUUGGGUUUCACCAUCAAUGUCUGCACUCUUCGCUGGGCCGAACUUCAAUCUGGUCCUCUCAAACUCGCCCUCUUUCAUUCCCCCAGUGAACAUGGCAUUCAGAAGGGAUACUCAUCAAUCUUAUCCUUUACGGUGACAGACAUUAACAAUACAGUGACGAAACUAAUGGCUUUGGGUGCAGAGCUCGAUGGUCCCAUCAAAUAUGAGGUUCAUGGAAAGCCAUGCGUUGUGUUGACGGGCACAUGGUGGGUCUUUACGAGCCUGCCUGAGAAGUGUCAAAAAGCGAGCUUGUUCCUCCACAGCAACCAAGUGAAGCAACUGCUUUCCGGGAAGAAUCAGAUGAUCAAACCUCCUGUUGUUGUUCGAAGAAACAGGAAAUCCGCGCUGCUCGAUUAUGUUUAAUAAUGGACAGUCUUUUGUUUAGACAGAUCAACCACCAGGACAGACAUGCCAGACCUUCAGAAAAUUUGCAGGCAACUGGAGAAAGGAACGUUCAAUUACAUCGGCAGAUUUGUAAUUAGUGAACAUAAGAUGGUGUCAUAGUCAUAGAUGAUCAUCCAAUGAUACAUAUAUUUUGUGUAAUGCAUAAUUUGCCCCUUUUUGAGGGAUUCAAACUAACAUUAUCUGUAGAUUUUUUAACUUUCUUUUGGUUAUAUUUGAAUAAUAGUAAUCUUGAGGGGAAUGAGAAUGUGAUUCCGAGUUCCAUGAUUCCAGAGUCUGGAACGGAUCAUAAUGGAAAAGUGAUUCCUUGUUAUUUAUAUUAGUAGAAAUCAUAUGAAUUCGAUUCCCAUACUCUUCAAUGGGAAUUUUACAUUUGUGAAGGAAUGUUAACCAUUUAUGAAUAAAAAAUCCUAAUUGGACU